AUGAAUAUGGCUGGCCUGAGUGUGAGUGCGGCCCCUCCGCCCCACAUGAGUCCCAUGGCUCCUCCCACCUCAAUGCCACGCCCUACAGCACGAGCUACAUGCCCGCGGUGGGCGCUCCGCCUGUGCCCAAGUUCAUGACCGCACCCACGUCACCGAUGAGCGUGGCUCCCUCGUCUCUGCCCACCGUCAGCUCGUCGAUGCUCAACAUCGCUCCGCUGACCCCUCUGUCUCCGGUGCUGUCCAAACCCCCAGUGGCGCCGCUGAGUCCACCUCCACCUGUAGCCCAAGCUCCAGCACCCCAGCAGAGCCUCCCGCCACUUCCACCCGUCAGCUCCCUGUUCACUGGCGCCAGCAACUCCCAGAGCUUCAGCUACGCCCGACCCAAAGAGUUCAUCGCCGCCCAGACCCUCUCCCCCGUGAGGAGCCCCUCUCCCACUGAGUCGCCGGUGCCCCUGCUCCACGAGCUGGCUGCCGAGCUCAACCUCAAGCUGGCCCGGGAGAUGGGCUCUCCGCUGAGCCCGGCCUCGUCCGUCUCCAACUUCCCCACGUCUCCGCGCGUCUUCCACACCAGGGUGCUGGAGCCCCCCACCAGCCCCACGUACGUCUCCUCCCCGACCAUGAUUCCUCCUGCCUUCCACAACACCCCGUUUCUACGGGCCCAGUCACCCCCCCAGGCCUCGUCCCCGAGCUCCAGCAGCUCCACGCCCAGCCCCAUCCAGAACCCCGUGGCCUUCCUCAGCAGCGUCCUGCCCUCGCUGUCCUCACUGGGGGGAUCCCAGUCCACCAACUCCAUGGGCCUGCCAAAGAGGGCCCCCAUUGUGCCUCAGAGCAUUCUGAGGAAGACAGCGCGAAGCCAACGGCUUCCAUCAGAUGAGGAUAUCCGUGAGAGUAAAGAAAGCCUCAUUCACGAUAUCGAGAAAAAGCUGAGAUUUAAAGAAGACACUAUACGCCAAGGGGCACAGAAGCUGCCCUAUGAGGGGAAAGCAGCGAGCAGACCUCUUGGACCAAACAUUCCCACUGCAACUGUCAUUAACUAUGACGAGGAGUACAAGGUGUCGAACUUCGAGCAGAGGCUGAUGAGUGAGAUUGAGUUCCGUCUGGAGAGGACCCCAGUGGAGGAGUCGGAUGACGACGUGCAGCAUGACGAGAUCCCCACGGGCAAGUGCAUCGCCCCGCUCUUCGACAAGAAGCUGAAGAACUACCGGGCGAUGGAGGGAGCUCCUCUCACAUUCACCUGCAAAGUAGUUGGAAUCCCCAUCCCAAAGGUCUACUGGUUCAAGGAUGGGAAACAGAUUCUAAAGAAAAAUGAUCACUACAAGAAAUACAGGGAGGGCGAUGGAAAGUGUGCUCUGCACAUAGAAGCAGUCACUAAUGACGACGACGGCAACUAUACAGUCAUGGCUGCCAAUCCACAGGGGAGGAUGAGCUGCUCUGGCCAUCUGAUUGUCCAAACGGGUCCUGUGCGGAGUCGGCAGCAAAUUAUUAACUCUCAGAGAGUACGGGCUCGGGUCCAGGAAGUGGAGGAAGGAGAGCCAAUCCAGGAGCGCUUCUUUCGGCCUCACUUCCUGCAAGCUCCAGGGGACAUGGUGGCCCAUGAGGGGCGGCUCUGCAGACUGGACUGCAAGGUGAGUGGGUUACCAAACCCAGAGAUCAUGUGGUUACGGAAUGGGCAGCCCAUUUAUCCAGAUUUCACUCACCGGAUGCUGGUGAGAGAAAACGGCAUCCACUCGCUCAUCACUGACCCGCUGACUAAGAAGGACGCUGGCACCUACACCUGCAUCGCCUCCAACAAAGCUGGCCAGAGCUCCUUCUGCCUCGAGCUGAGAGUCGUGGAGAAAGAGAUGAAACACCCGCCCCAGUUUGUGGAGAAGCUGCAGAACACAGGCAUCGCCGAGGGUAUCCCCGUCCGACUAGAGUGCAGAGUCGUGGGCAUGCCGACACCGGUCAUCUUCUGGAAGAAAGACAACGAGACCAUUCCCCACUCUAGAGAUCGUGUGAGCAUGCAUCAGGAUGCCACUGGAUACGUUUGCCUUCUCAUCCAGCCUACCAGGAAAGAGGAUGCUGGGUGGUACACAGUUUCAGCCAAGAAUGAGGCUGGCAUCAUUUCAUGUACAGCAAGGCUAGACAUUUAUGCUCAGUGGCACCAGAACAUCCCUCCACUCCCCCAGAAGAAGAGCACGCGCCCAGUGAGCCGCUACGCUGCGCUGACCGGCCAGGGCCUGGACAUCAAGUCAGCCUUCCCCUCCAGCGACAACUGCCCCAUCCUCUUCGCCAGUUCCCCCACGGAGGCUACCCUGGAGAGCGAGGAGCUGUGAGGGGGGGGGAAAAGGGGGGGGGGUGCUUCGGGACCCCCACCCAGCCAGCUCUCAACCCCUCAGACACCACCUGUAGACUGUGCCAGAACAAGUCUAGUAUGUUUUUUUGCAGUUUGAUUGUUGUGGUUGACUGUGCUUUCACAGGGUAUAUUCAAAGAGAGUAAUUGCUAGUCAACGAUGCUGUUGUUGCUCUUCGGUCAUCUCUCUAUUUUGUUAUGUUCGUCAGGCACGUUGAUUAAAAAAAAAAAAAGUCACAGUUUGCUUACAGUAGUGAUCUCAGUGUGAGGAUUCGUCUCACCACUUAGUGUUGGGGUUGCAUAGUACGGUACGGAAGCCUACAAGUGGCUGCCAGUGGUGGAAAGUAUGCAAUGUCAUGAGUGCCAUUUAGUAAUCUCAGUCACUCAUUUCAGAAAGCAGAGGUUUCAUCUCUGCACCAUUCCAAAUGAAUAAAACUAGAUAUUGCUGAUCGAUAGCUAAACUAGUUGUUGGGCUUCACUUCUUUCUCCACUGGCUGCCACUUGAGGUUUACCAUUCACAAAUGCAAGGAUGAUACUGUAGAUGGUAGUUUAGCAUGACUUCAAAGAGCUCACAAAUCAUUUGAACUGAGUUUAAACUGGGAAUCUUCCUGCUUGAUGCUAUGCAGUUCUAAUGGAAUAUUCUGCAAAUCAACAGAUUUUAAUCGCCUUUUGGAUUUUGUGAACAAAUUCAGCUAAAUCCAGUACAUUUAAAGUGACCACACCAGUUGCCUAUCAGUAAUCAUAGACAGUACUGAAAUUAUACCAGUGUUGCAUUGUUGUAAAGAUCUUAAUAUCUUAAAGAGUCAUAUGACUGCAUAGUUCAAAUACAUGAUCAUAUUUCCAUUGUUAAAACAUAAUCUUUAUUUACUUAAAGUGACGGCCUCCAUACUCUUGUGGAAAGGUAACAGUGCAGAUUAAUGUGCUGAAUAAUGUACUGAAGGCUGAAUACUACUUUAUUUCUCUUACUGAACGUUUGCACAACACCUUAGAUGAGAGUUAUUUAAUAUACAAUAUAUAAGAUAUAUAAAAUUUGCCAUUUUGUGAGUUACAAUUUUGUCAACAAAUAUGUGCACUCUUCAAGAAAGCUUUAUAAGACGUUUUUGAAUGGGAUUCAUUGAGAGCCGUGUACGCUGGGUGGGUGUGUGGAGAACACUUGAGUUGAAAUGUUAUUUAAUAGAUUUAAUGUUUUAAGGCAAAUAUUCAAUUUGUGUAAAGUCGCACCAUGUAAAAUAGAUGUCCUUUUCUGUGAAUAAAGUUCUAUUUAUUCAAA